CCGGUGCCUAGACUGGCCCUCACCAUCGAGACGCCACCUAGAGCGUCUCCGCAACGCCGAGAGCAGUGCGCAUGCGCGCAGUUUCGUUUCGUGCUUGUCUUUGCGACGAGCGUGAGCCGGGGGGCCGCGCUUCCCCACGCCCCGGGGCUGCCGGCUCGCGUGGGCUGUCGCGGUGUAGUGGGGCCCGGAGCGGCGGCCGCCGCCGCCAUGGCGCAGGUGCUGAACCUCAACAAUGAGGUUGUGAAGAUGAGAAAAGAGGUGAAGAAGGCCAGAGUUCUUACCAUUCGCAGACUCACCAGACACAUUGCAAAACUUAAAUUAAAAAAGGGUUCGGAAGAUGUGGUACUAAAGAACCAAAGGCGAGCAGAGAGAUUGCUAGAAGAAAUUCAUGCCAUGAAGGAAAUGAAACCGGAUCAAGUAACCAAACUUGCUCUUGGAGGAGAGAUUAAUUUUGAGCAAGUCUGCAAAAAGCCAAAUUCCACUGCGGCUGACAGAGCAACUGCUAGACUAGCAACACACCCACUGUUAAAGACAAAAAUUGCUGAUAUUAAAGCUGCUGUAAAAGCCUUUAAGGAUGCAAGACAGAAGCCACCUAAAACUCAAUCUUCGUAUGAGCAUAAAUCAGAAGAACAGCAUUCUCAAAAGCCUAAAUUGAGGCAACAUUCUAAUAGCAAUAUAGAUAAUCAGACACAUACACUAAAACAGCAAGAAGCUAAAACCAAGAUGAAUGUGAAAACAGCUACUAACAUAGAAAAUAAACAAAUCUGUGAGAGCGAAUGUGAGCAGAAAUCUUCAGAAACUGAAAGAACAGAUUCUCUGGGUGAUUUGUCAUUACAAACUUCAGAAGAACAUGCCAUAGUUCAGGAUCAAACAGAAACGACAAUUGACUGGCCAAAAAGAAAAAAACUUACAAGUGCGAAUAGGUUCAGGAUAACAAACAAAUCAAAGAGUGAUGUUAGUGAUAUGGAAGAAUUUGAUAACAAAGAAUAUUUUGAUGACAGCACGGAAGAGAGGUUUUAUAACCAGUCAUCCGAUUCUGAAGAUAGUGAUAGCGAUGAUGAUUUCUUCAUCGGCAAAGUAAAGAAAAAGAAGAAGAAAGUGGCACAUAGUGACCUUUCUUCAGCAAAGGAAAAGAAAAGACUCGAAGCAUUACUAAACAAAACAAAGGACUCAAAGUCUAUGACGAUGCAGGAUGUCCUCACAGAAGAAAGUAAACCAAGUGCAAAAGCAAUGAAGUUGGAAUCCGUAUUUUGCAAUUCUCUGUCCAGAUCUGAUCAGAAAUCCAAAAAUAUGAAGAGAAAUGUUAACUAUCAGACUUCCAAAAACAGAAGAACAGCUUUUCCAAAAAAUGAACUACGGGUAAAGAGAACACACCUUGCUAAAGCUGCAGGUAUAAAGUAUGAAAAUAAAAAAGAGCAUUUAGAGCAACCACUUCAUCCUUCGUGGGAAGCAAGCAAGAAGCGUCGGGAACAAAUAUCUCAAAUUACAGCAUUCCAGGGGAAAAAGAUUAAAUUUGAUGAUGAUUAAACUUUUUUAAUGUAAAUUCAUAUUGUUAAAGAAGAUUCUUAUAGUUCCCCUCUAGUUCGGUAUCUACUUUUGAGCUGUAACAACUUGUGUUUUGACUGGACCUUUGUGACCCGGGUGUUGUAGAUUGAUAAGAGAAUAUUUAUCUUCUUGAUUGAGAUGAUACUUGCAAAAUUGUUUGGAAACUAAACCUUUUACAGUAUUUGAGAACUCGUGCCUUUUUUAAAUCAUAUUUACAUGUUUUUAUAAACUAAAUAGUAUCCUAAUCCUGAGAAAUCGGUGAUGUAGUCUUUUAAGGUUUUUUGGCAAGGAAAAAGCUAUUCCAGAUUUGUUUAUAAUGAAGAUUGAGCAAAUGAAACAAUUUGUGCUAUAUUAGUUGACUAAUGGGGAUGUCACACAGUAUAUGAUUAAGAGUUCAGUUCUAUAGUGCCACCACCUAUGAAACCCACAAUGAAGUCAGGAAGGGGUUUAUGGAGCUAUUUUGUGCUCUGUAGUAGUUGGGAGUUUUGACUUGCUUCUCUUUCCUUUGUGGGGUUUUGCAUUAUGUAAGGUACACUCCAGAGAACUAUUUAAGGAUUUCAGUAUCAGAAGAGAUGGGAAGGAUAAGUGCUCCUAGCUAAGAAAACGUAGUUAAAAUAGUUCAAUAAGCUGUAUGUUUAAAAUAUCAAAAUAUUUACUCUUAUCUUAGCUGGAAGAAGUUCAGAGCUCUGUUAGCUCUGAAGACAUUUGCUAAAUUCCAUAAAUGCAUGAAGGAAGCAGAAAUGCAGAUCAGUACUGUGUAUGGCAAACUCUAAAUAGCAAUAAAAACUUGCCAUCUAAAAAA